AUGAAAGGAUUAAUUUUAGUCGGCGGUUACGGUACCAGAUUGAGACCAUUAACCUUAACUUUACCUAAACCAUUGGUCGAGUUCGGUAACAGACCAAUGAUCUUACACCAAAUCGAAGCAUUGGCUGCUGCUGGUGUCACCGAUAUUGUCUUGGCCGUUAAUUACCGUCCAGAAGUCAUGGUUUCCACAUUAAAGAAAUACGAAGAGGAAUACGGCGUUAACAUCACCUUCUCCGUUGAAGAAGAACCUUUGGGCACUGCUGGUCCAUUGAAAUUGGCUGAAGAAGUUUUGAAAAAAGACGACUCCCCAUUCUUUGUUUUGAACUCCGAUGUCAUCUGUGACUACCCAUUCAAGGAAUUGGCCGACUUCCACAAAGCCCACGGUGCUGCCGGUACUAUUGUUGCUACAAAGGUCGACGAGCCAUCGAAAUACGGGGUCAUUGUCCACGACAGAGACACUCCAAACUUGAUAGAUAGAUUUGUUGAAAAACCAGUCGAGUUUGUUGGUAACAGAAUUAAUGCCGGUUUAUACAUCUUGAACCCAUCAGUUAUCGACUUGAUUGAAAUGAAACCAACCUCCAUCGAAAAAGAAACUUUCCCAAUCUUGGUCGAACAAAAACAAUUGUACUCCUUCGACUUGGAAGGAUACUGGAUGGACGUCGGUCAACCAAAAGAUUUCCUUUCUGGUACCUGCUUGUACUUGACCUCCUUGUCAAAGAAACACCCAGAGAAAUUGUGCAAAGAGAAAUACGUCCAUGGCGGUAACGUCUUGAUCGACCCAACUGCCAAGAUCCACCCAUCAGCUUUAAUCGGUCCAAACGUCACAAUUGGGCCAAACGUCGUUGUCGGUGAAGGUGCUAGAAUUCAAAGAUCCGUAUUGUUGGCCAACUCCCAAGUCAAGGACCACGCAUGGGUCAAAUCUACCAUUGUCGGUUGGAACUCAAGAAUUGGAAAGUGGGCCAGAACCGAAGGUGUGACCGUCUUGGGUGACGACGUCGAAGUCAAAAACGAAAUCUACGUCAACGGCGCCAAGGUCUUGCCACACAAGUCAAUCUCCUCUAACGUCGAAAAAGAGUCUAUCAUUAUGUAG